AUGGAUUUCUACCUGCGGUGCAACUCUCUCAGCUGCCGAGCGCCUUUAAAGGAGCGAGCGGUCGUUACUACCUGCUCACACAUUUUCUGCCUUCAGUGUGCUGAAGCCCUUGGGCUCUCACGUCCCGCCGGAGGCGAACGUCGCUGUCCGGCCUGCGACAUGACCCUCAUCAACCCAGACGAUGCCGUAUCGACCGUUCUUAAUCCGACAGAAGACUACAAAACAAGUGUGCUCAGUGGCCUCGAUCCAAAUACCGUAAUGGAAUGUACUGGGCGAGCCUUACAAUUUUGGACCUAUCAAACGACUCAAGAAAUCUUCUACCAGGAUUUCCUAGGAAAGGCAUUGACGGAUAAAUACGCAAAUUUGAAUUCCCAGAUGGACAAAGUGAUCCAUAACGCCAACAAGGAGAUUUCGACGUUGCAGACGAGGCUUAUUGACACGCAAACGGUGCAGGAGCAACUCCGCAAGAAGAACCAAGAGCUUGCUGACAUGUAUCGGGAGAAAUGCAAGAAGUUCACUCAAAUCACUCACUUAUACAACGUGCUCAAAUCUCGAGCCAUGAGAUCUCAAAUGCAAAAUGCUGCCGUUUCUCAGGCAUUCAACGAUCUUGAAAUACCGCGUAAUGGUCCAUCAAGCUUGGUGGCACAAACUCACGGUGCACAAGUACCUCCACAGACUCCAUCAGCCUUCCAGCAGAGGACAUAUCCUCUGGAUCUGGAUGGAGUAGAACAACUUCAUCGACACCAGCGGAGUGGUACAGGAAGUUCGAAGGGGACAAAACAAAAGUCUAAUCCGACAGCUAUGGCCCCUCCAAGCCGUCCACCUGUUGGCAUGAGGAGGGGAGAACCCCCGAAUGCUACACCCCAGCAUCGCACACGACUCGCGGGCGUCUCACGCCCUUCCACAUCGGCUGGGAUGUCCCAAUUACCGAAUGAUAAUAUAAUGUUGGAGCGUUUCCAUGCUGAGCGACCACCCACCGAAGGGUUUAUGAACGACCAUCAUCACCACUCUAAUCACCGGCAAACCCUAAAUGUCCAGAACGACAGAUCGCCAGGCGAGGCGCCGGCGAUAAGAUCAUACUUCAACACCACAAUGAAUUAA